CAACCAACAGGGCAAGAAAAACCAGAGGCAAGAAGGUCUAGAACUCGUGAGUGUCCAUCUUGCUUUAAGAGGUUUGACCCUCCAUGCGUGUGCGGUAGCCUUGCUGACCAGUCUUGUGCCUUACUGCUCUCAAUCUUCCCUAUAUCACUAUCUAGGAAACUGCAUCAUGGGUAAGAAGCUACCCGAAGUGCUGGCUUUUCUCCUGAUCGUCCUGGGACUGUUGGGGGCAGCCGAAGCUGAUGACUGCAGCUCAUCCUGCACGUCUUCCUGUGACUGCAGCGGUAAAGUUUUCGUCACCAGCAUCCCGCAGGACCUGCCCACCAACACCACCGACUUAGAUUUGGGAAGUAACUAUAUCACUACUAUAAAUCAGUCUGACUUCUCUCGCUAUAGGGGUUUAACAACUUUAAAACUUCAAUACAAUCGCAUUUCUACCAUCGGUAGCCAGGCAUUCUAUCACUUGUCAAACCUGACCACUUUGUGGCUUUACGGUAACCCGAUAAGUAUCCUACGAGAUGAUAUGUUUACAGGGCUAGGAAACUUGCAGGAACUUUCUUUGAACAGUGCUAACAUCAAUGAAAUUCAGACUGGAACUUUCAUUCCGACACCAGAACUGAGAACCUUGAACCUAUACACGAACAAGUUAACAAACCUCAGAUCUGACAUGUUUACAGGGCUAGGAAACGUGCAGGAGAUUACUCUACAUGCUAAUGACAUCAUUGACAUAGAGACUGGAACUUUCAAUCCAACACCACAGCUAAGGAAUUUGUCCCUGUAUUCUAACAAGAUGACAACCCUUGGGUCUGGCAUGUUUACAGGGCUGGGAAACUUACAGAGACUUUUACUGUCUCUUAAUGACAUCAAUGAUAUUCAGGCCGGAACGUUUAGUCCAACACCACAGUUAACAUUCUUACGCAUGAACCAUAACAAGUUGACAAGCCUCAAAUCGUACAUGUUCACGGGGCUAGCAAACUUGCAGACACUUCGACUAGACAAUAAUGACAUCACUGAUAUCCAGGCUGGAACUUUCAGUUCAACGCCGCAACUGAAAACCCUGGACCUACAUUAUAACAAGUUAGCAAACGUCAGAGCUAACAUGUUUACAGGGAUGACAACCUUGCAGAGCCUUUUGCUAUACAAUAAUGACAUUACUGAUAUUCAGGCUGGAACUUUCAAUUCAAAUCCAGUUCUCGCGAACUUGCAUCUGUACAAAAACUACAUUCAAACAAUCCCGUCCAACUUACUGGUAAAUUUACUGAACCUCACGGAACUAAAACUGUCUGACAACAACAUCUCAACGUUUCCCUUUGAGGAUUUGUCAAACAUUCAAACAAUUUCUGUGCUUCACCUUGACAAUAACCAAAUCACAACUCUUCCCUCUAUGGCCUUUGAAACGCUAGCAUCCGCCUCUGACGUAAACAUUGACCACAACCCCUGGCAGUGUGACUAUAGGAUGGUCUCCAUCAAGGCAAAAAUGACGGGAUCUUAUCCUUUUGAAAAUCAGAUCACGUGUUCCCAACCUGAACAACUUAAUGGGCUGAAGCUGAAAGAUAUCAGUUCUGAAGAUCUCAUGUCGAAUUGCGAAGAACCAAAAAUUGUGAGGUUUGAGAGAAUGGACGAUGUGACACUCGUCCUGGGUGGAACCCUGCAAUUAGUCUGUGAAGCUUCUGGGAUCCCCCCUCCAGACAUUAGGGUCAUUCUCCCAUCUGGACUGAAUGCAACUGUUGUUUCAGUUGGAAGGGCGACUGUAAAGGCUACUGGUACCAUAACCAUUAGAAACACAACUGCGGCAGAUGCUGGUUUGUACGUCUGCAUUGCAGCGAGUCAGUUAGGCUCCAAAUUUUCUGACGGCUCCGCUUUCGCCACCCUGGUCGUAGAUCUAGAGACAACAGGUAAUUUGCUGCCACCAGUGGGGUCGUCUCGUGAAUCCGGUUUCUCCCUCGCUGACCUUCUUGGCGCUAUCUUUGGUUCAGUAGCCGGUACACUCCUCAUUGUUGCCAUAGUGCUAACAAUCUGGUUCAGUCGGCCUAAGAGGAACAAUAACCCUCCCCAAUCUCCUGAACAGAGUGUCGUUAUUAGCAGGACCAAAACAGAAUCUUCAGCCAGUGAGCCUGGUCGGGAAGAGCAGAUGCUGUCUUAUGUUUAACUUAAUCCAAAAGAUUUUCCAUAGACGAAUACCUAGCUGUCCUGUCUGUUGAUCACUUAGAUGUACUGGUCACUUAAAACUCAUGACACAGACUUGUAGGUCCAAGGCAAACUUCCCCAAAUACAUGUAAUUCUUUUCGGUGGAAUUUCUAGUGGUAUAAACUGAUGAAAGUAUCAUUAUCAAUUCUGCCAAAAAUUGAGAGUGCUAAUAUCUUGAGAAACUACUUUUAUCAUGCCAAUUACGAUAUAAAACUGUCCUCUUGUGCGAUGUGAAAGACUGAUACUAACCCUAAUAACGCCUCGCACACACACACACACACACACACACACGCACGCACACACACACACACACACACACACACACGCACACACAC